UUAUCUGUAAUCAAUGUAGCGAAGUUUUCGAAUGUCAGAAAUAGAUUUAUAAAUUAAAACAUAAAAAGAAUAUAGUAUCCCAAUUUUUUUUUUCAAUUACCGCGAAUAUUACUUAAUCAAGAAUUAAAUACACUGAAUGCAAAAAAGAAACAAAUUAGUGAAAAAUAUCUUGUGUAUUGAGGUUAUAUCAAGAGUAAAUUCUGUCCCUUUAUCAUUAUUAUUUUGUAAAUAAUGUUAGAGCCUUGGAACGAUCGAUCUAUUUUGCCACCCCCAAUUAACACAUCUAAAUGUAACUACGAUAUUGAUUUAAUUGGCCUAAAACACGCUUGUACUUCUAUUAUUCAUAUUUUAUCGAAGCAGUCUCCUUUGCAUAAGGAAAGUGCAAUUUUCUCAAGAUUUGUGUAUAAGUUUGAUAAGAAAUUUCGAAAUGACAUUGGUUACAAAAACUUUAAGAAAGUAAAUACUGCCCUACGCCGAUAUUUAGUUGUGGGUUUACUAAAAGAUGUUCAAAAGUUUCUUAAUGUUUUACCAUCUGAAGAUGAAUCUUCACCAUAUUUCCCUACAAAACAAAUGUUAGAAUAUGUAUUAGUACGUCUUAUAACUUUCUCCAAAAUAAUGUUUAGAAUAACAGUCUGCUCAAAAAAAGCUUCUAUAUUUUAUUUGAAUAGAAUCAGACGGGGGGAAAGUCACUGGAUGUGUCUCAUGCCUUAUGCCCUAUUGAGCCGUGUGUGGUCUCUCAGCUUAGUUUUGCUUCAACAUUCUAGUAAGUGGUAUAGUAGAUUACAUCAAUAUUUAAAUCAGCUACCAGAUAAAGGUGUAAGUAUUUUUGCACAUGAUUAUGAGAUACCAGACAACUUGGAUACAUUGAUUAAUAUAAAAAAUAUAAAUAAAGAAGGCAGAUUUGAAUGGACACAGAAAUUAAGUUUAGAUGUAGAUGCUAUUUUAGUUGAAGAUGAAGAAGGUGAACUCUGUGAGAGCAUAUUGAAAUAUGUCAAUAAUAUAAAUAAAACAUCCAGUAAAACCGCUAAAACUGAAAAACCAGACAUACAAAUGACACUUCCUGUUGAAGACAGAAUUGUAGACAAUAUGAGACAACAAACUAUGAAGAACUCUCAAAAAGUCAAUAAUGACCAGGGUGUAGCUAUAUCAAGAGAAAUGUUUAAAAAACUAUACAAGAAAGACACUACCGAGACAAAUCCUGUUCAAAAAGAGAAAAAAAUAAUUAAUCAUAACAUUGAAAAUGUUGUCGAUGGAAACAGUCUACAGAAAUUUAUAAGGGACGAAGAAGAAUUCAGAAAUAAUUCUGAUGAAAAAUCUCUUACUACCCACUUGAGUUUCAUGCAAUGGCAAGCUCUGAAAACUGCGCUUUUGAAGUUGGAUAAUCCUCUCAAAGCUGAAAAACUUGUGAGAAAAACAAAAAAAAUAUGGCAAAACAAAUGUUUGGACUAUAAGUGA